GUGUCAAGAAGCCAAAUCUUGUUAUGGGAAUAGUUUCAAUAAAUUUAUUGAGGCAAGGCAUAGUUGUUAUUUAUCUCAGGCAUUUAGCAUCAUUGAGGGAUAAAGAAAUUGGCAUUGAAAAGGAUAAAUUUACGAAGAAAGAAAAUACUAUGAUAAUCUUAGACAAAUAG